AUGGAGGAGCUAGGGGCUAAGCCUAUGGAGGAGGUAGAGGAGAUCGUAGUGAUGGAAGAACUGUUGCAAAAAUUGAAGGUGGGAAAAAGCCUUCAAAGCGAUGCGAAGGAGAAGUUAGUAAGGUUUUUGAAGAACAAUCUGGAUGUAUUUGCUUGGAGUCAUGAAGACAUGCUGAAGGAGCACUUAGGGAAGCCGCCCUUGUUAGCAAAACCUGAAAGGGGCGAAAGGCUAUACUUAUACUUGGCAGUAUCCGAGCAUGCCAUAAGUGCUGCCCUCAUUAAAGGAGAGAAGAAACACCAGCAACCUGUGUACUACGUCAGUAAACGGUUAGUAGAUGCGGAGAACCGAUACCUAGAGAUAGCGAAGUUGGCAUACGCGUUAGUUGUGGCUUCAAGGAAAUUGAGGCCCUAUUUCCAUGCCCAUGCGAUCGAAGUACUCACCAAUAGCCCUUUAAGGCAGGUCUUGCAUAAACCGAAAACCUCGGGAAGACUGAUGAAGUGGUCGAUCGAGUUGAGUCAAUUCGACAUCACUUUUACCCCAAUGACCUCCAUCAAUGGGCAAGUGCUCACAGAAUUCAUAGUGGAAUUCACCUAUCGACCGAAUGGAGAAGGAGAUGAAGAAGAGGGACAAUCAGUCGCAGAAGGGAAGCCAAGGAGUUCUAAGGAAUGGAGCCUGCACAUGGAUGGAGCAUCCAACAAAGGAGGAUCUGGAGCAGGUAUCGUGAUGACUAGACCCGAAGGACACAUGAUGUACUGCGCGAUACGGUUUGGGUUUGAAGCCUUGAACAAUGAGGCAGAAUACGAAGCACUUCUAGCAGGGCUGCGGUUGGCCCAGGGGCUGAAGGUAAUGCAUCUACACAUCUUUAGUGACUCACAGUUGGUGGUAUUCCAGGUGAAAGGGGAGUACCAAGCGAGGGGUCCCAAGAUGGCUGCUUACUUGGAAAGGGUAAGAGGCUAUUUGGAGCAGUUGGUGGAAUAUAGCAUAGAGCAAAUCCCGAGAAAGAGGAAUACCCAUGCUGAUGCCCUCACAAAGCUGGCUUCCACUAAAGAUGGGGAUACCCUUGAAUCAGUGCCUGUGGAAUACUUACCAAGGCCAAGCAUUGUCAAUCCAGACGUUCACAUGGUCAGCAUCCCAAAGGAGUCAUGGGCCAGCCCGAUUAUAAGCUACCUGAAGGAUGGUGUGGUGCCAACUGACAAGAGGGAGGCUCGAAGGCUAGUUUAUAAGGCAGUCCGAUACACCUUGAUAGAUGGGAUCUUAUACAAGAGAGGGUUUUCUGUGCCACUCUUGCGAUGUGUUGGUGAGGAAGAAGCUGUGAAGGUACUAUAUGAAAUACAUGAGGGUGAAUGUGGCAACCAUGCGAGUGGACCAUCCACGGCUCGAAAAGCCAUGAGGCAUGGGUACUACUAG